AUUAGUUCCCAUGUUCUCAAGAACUCGUUACAAUGCACUACGUGGUGUACGAAGUCAGUUGCGGAAUGUCUCGAAAACAACUCGUGAGACCAGCAGAGUGACUCGUUUACCUCUUCCGCAGCCCCCACCUGCUAGGGUUCGAUCUCACUGUUACACGGUAUUCUCAAACGCGAUACAUACCUCUACAAUUCAUUGUGACAACCCCAAAGAGAAUCUUGGAAAUACUCCUGUAGACCCAAAAUCACUUGUUUGCAAGCGAUGCUGGGAUUCUUGCUUCAAUACGAAAAAAUGGGAGGACGUCUGUUUAGGACACGUGCAUAAGCAAGAUGGAGUUCGUGACAAAGGCAUCCAUUAUGUCGCAUCCAUUCGAGAGAUAAAGCAAUCAUCCAGUGAAGAUUGCGUCUUCUGCUCCUUUCUUUGGUCGUACCUUGAUGAAUGCGACGAGUCUGAUAAAAUGGAUGUACGUUAUCAGGCUAGACUCUAUCAUAACGAGUGGAAUCCCGGCACAACGACACCUGAAUUGUCUUCUUCGUGGUAUUUUCAGCUCGAUCCGUUAGACCCAUCCUCAAGACUGGGCAGCUGGGCUCUGAGGUUGAGCUCUUAUACGACUGCGGACGACAAAGCCUCCGCCUUCAUCAACGCUAGACCCAUCCGAGGAGAUGUGUUCUCUGACGACGCAAAAUCUCAAAUGCGAAAAUGGAUUCACGAAUGUUCGGAACACACUUGCUGUUCUCCACAGCAAGACGUCCAAUUACCAUCACGAGUCAUAGAUUUACGACCGAAAGAGGACCCGGAAACACCACGUCUAAUCCAGACAACAACUGGAAUGCAAGGCCAAUAUGCAAUAUUGGUAUACUGUUGGGGGAAUGAUGCAAAGAAUCUGCUCACAUCUUCCAAUAUUUCUGAAUAUCUAAAAGGCAUCGACAUCAGUCAGCUACCUCAGACUAUACAAGACGCCAUCGAAGUUGCUCGGUCAAUAUCCGUCCCAUACUUGUGGGUCGAUGCGCUCUGUAUCAUGCAAGAUUCAGCAGAGGACAAAGAGAAGGAGUUCGCAAUGAUGGAAGACAUCUAUAGGAACUCCUUAGUCGCAAUCGUGGCUGCUUCGUCAGCCAGCGCAUCUGAAGGCUUUCUAAAGAAUCGACCAACUGUUUUGAUGGGCCCAAUGCCGUGUAAUCUCACAGAUCGCACAUCAUGGCCCAUACCGUGUCGCCUCAGCGAGUCCGAGUUCGGCACAAUGCAUCUACAAUGCCUGGACUGUUCGACAGAUUACAGAGAAGAUGCAGAGAACAUCAACCAGCGAGCAUGGACUCUUCAGGAGCAGAUACUACCGAAACGCUUCUUGAUAUUUUCUCGCCACACUCUCCAAUGGCGAUGCAGCCCAACCUUGGGCACGAAGAACUUCGGAGACUCCAUUCAUUUCGAAUAUGGCGCAGAUGACGAAAGUUCUGCGACGAGUCUGCGCGAACUGAGUCGAGAACAUCGUAACCGCUUCGACGCACUAGAACGAUGGGUGAAAGUUGUCUACAAAUCCACUAACCGAAAGUUGACUUUGCCUAGCGACAAGCUACCAGCUCUGGCGACACUUGCAAAGACCUACUCCCCCUACCUGGGUAACUACUACGCAGGGAUGUGGGAAUACAACUUGUUAUGGCAGAUGCGAUGGACAACCUCAAAGUACGAGGCGCGUGAAGCUAAAGCGCCAAGCUCAUAUCGCGCGCCAUCGUGGUCGUGGACAUCGUUGGACAACAUUUAUUCAUGCUCAUUGGACUAUAUGGAUGAAUCCGAGCUUGAUACCCGGACACCUAAAUGUGAAUUGGUCGAGGUGAACACAACACUUAAGGACUCUGAACGACCAUUCGGAGAGGUGACAGAUGGUCACAUCAUUUUGAAGGGGAAACUGCGGGACGGUUGGCUUAUCCCGUCACCGCAUUCUUAUCGCGGGCCACGGACCGUUGUUUGGUUCAAGGAUGACGAUACGUCACUACAAAGCGCACAAGCAAAGUAUAAUGCGUGGGCCAGCCAAGAAGAGUAUCUUGAGGUCGACAAAUAUGAUGGGAAGGAGUGGAUUGAUGGCCCCACUCCAUGGACGUGUGCGCUUCUGGAUCUGAGAGGCGAUCACGCUCCCCGGAUAGUGACGUGCUUGCCAUUGUUCGACGAUUUUGGUUUGCUGCUCGAGAAGACGGAAAAUGGAAGUUAUAAACGCAUAGGUUUCUUUGAAAAGUCCUAUGAUGUGAACUUUUGGGAACAGGAAUUCGAGGAUAUCACUGACACAUCAACCGUCAAAAUCAUCUGAGACGCGAAGCAGUAAGUAGGAGCAGUUUUUCAUGUAAGAUAUUGUAUCAUUGAAGCUUCCCU